UUUCGCACGCAACACAUUCCGUUGCAAAGUUAUUCUAACCCCAUCCGGAUACGAACGUGAUGUAAUAGACGAAUGUAAUAGGCUCCUCCCUCCUGGAAAGUGGGAGGAGCCUGUCGAUGCCGUGAUACACACACACAGAGAAAGGAGGAGGAGUUUGACGGAGUAUAUAGCGACGCGAGUGUAAUCAUCCCGGCCGUCAUUGCAGCGUGCACUUCCAUCGGCUGACGACGGAGCCAAUUCUCUUUCAUCUUUGGAUUAUUUUCAAAAUUUGUGAGAGAAAAUAAAAAAGAAGAAGAAGAAAAAAAACAAAAACACUUUCGGAUUAAUUCCAUCAUGUUAAUGUGAUAGUUCUCCAGUGCUCUUUAGUGACGUGUGUGUUAUUGUUUUUUUUUGGCGCCCUUUUUUGUUUCAUUUGAAAAGGGUUUUUUAAAAAGAAAAAAAGAGAGAAGCCAUGAUGCAACAUCAUCAAACGGGACGGCCAGUUGCUGGAGCGAGUAGCAACGCUAGUAACAAUAGCGGCAACACUGUCAUCAACCGUUCGAAAGGGAUGAAGAGUUCGCGUGAAGCGCCAGCCGCUUCGGCGGCCAGCGGAUCGACGGCCGAGGCUGUCCACCAUCAUCACCACCACAACAACAACAACAACAACACGACGCUGAAAGGCGGCGCUGCCGUCGCCUCGACGUCGGCCGCCGCUUCGGCCUCCAACGAGUUCAAAACGAAGACCGUUCUGAAAGAGGCCGUCGAUGCCGUUGUCAGCAGCUUCGCCAAACAUAGUCAAGGAUACGGUCGAGUGAACGUGGUGGAAGCGCUGCAAGAGUUCUGGCAAAUGAAACAAGCUCGAGGGGCCGAUUUGAAAAAUGGAGCCCUCGUCAUUUACGAAUCGGUGCCGUCCUCUUCGCCGCCCUACGUCUGUUACGUCACAUUGCCAGGUGGAUCCUGUUUCGGCAGUUUUCAGAAUUGCCCUACUAAAGCGGAGGCGAGACGCAGCGCCGCCAAGAUCGCGCUGAUGAAUUCCGUUUUUAACGAACAUCCGUCCAGGCAAAUCUCUGACGACUUUAUCGAAAAAGCUGUCGCCGAAGCCCGAGCCUCUUUCAAGGGCGAUCCGGACGAGGCGGACAAUCCGAAUACGGGCAUUGGUGCCUUCCGCUUUAUGCUGGAGGCCAAUAAAGGGCGGACGAUGCUGGAAUUCCAGGAGCUGAUGACCGUCUUCCAGUUGCUGCACUGGAACGGCUCUCUGAAAGCGAUGCGUGAACGCCAGUGCUCCCGACAGGAGGUGGUGGCUCACUACUCGCACCGCGCCCUCGACGACGACAUGCGCUCACAAAUGGCCCUCGACUGGAUCGCUAGAGAACAGGAGACUCCCGGUAUCGUUAGCCGCGAAUUAAACAUGGCCGAACGGGAAUUAGAAGCUGCCCGCUUGGCUGGACGAGAGCUUCGUUUUCCCAAGGAAAAACGAGAAAUCCUGAUGCUCGCCUGUUCUCAAGUGGCCCACGGGGACGGACUGUCCAGUUAGAUGUUCACAUUUUUUUUAGAAAACAAAUCAAGGAUUUGGAAAAUAAUUCGCAAUCGUUCAAGUCCCGCCGUUCAGCAAUGUGGAUUUGAUUAGGACGGACAAGUAUACACAUCAUUUGUUUUAAUGUAACACACCAUUUUGUUUUUGAUGUCUCAUUUCUCAUAGUGCGUGUACAAGUUGUGUGUGUGUGUGUGUGUGUGUAUUUUGUGCGGUUAUGUUUUCGUUUGUGUAUAACAUGUAAGGAUCGACGUGGCUCUUGUUGUGUUUAUCUCUCAAUGAUGCGCGUUAUUUUUUUGUUUGUUUUUAUUAUUAUUAUUUUUUAAUAAUCAAUGUCAAAUCGUAUAUACUUGUAAUAAUUGUGUCUAAUUGUUGGUGAAUAUUUGCAUCCCUCCUUUAAAAAAACAAAAAAUGUGGACUUUCUUCUUCCCGGUGUUUAUUUCUUCCCAAUUUCUUCCAAAAAGAAAAAAACAAAACAAACAUAGAGGCUGUUAUUCAAAGCCAAUUACACACACACACACACACACAGUAAAAUCAAAUUCAUUUCACGUCCCCCAAAAAUUCCAGUUUUUUUUUCAAUCUCUGCUAUUUCCAGUGACAAAUCAGCCCCAUAUCCAGCCCCGCUUUCUUUUCUUAAAAACACACGCAACAUAAUUAGAAAGAGAGAGAGAGAGAGAUAAAGCUCCGGAAAGAGAAACACGACACGAAGAAAGAAGAUGCCAUCCAUUGUUUUGUUGUUUUUUUUUGUUUUAACGCAUUAGUUCGUUGAUUAACUAACAAACAAAGAAGAAAAAAACAACAACAACAACGACAAGACACACAAAUUUUGGAAAUCGAGAGAUAAAGGGAGAGAGAUACGUAAAAAAAAAAAUGAAUUAAAUCAGAAGGAUUAAAAAAAAUAAAAAAUCAAUUUGUUUUUUUGUUGCGUGCUUCUGUGUAUCAUAUAUUUUAAAUAGGAAAAAAAAAAGAAACAACUUUUCGUGUUUGCGUGACA